GCCUCUCGAGCCCCCACUUUUCACUUUCGGUGGCGCGCGGGCUGAGAGCGAGUCGUACCUUGGUAUCUGGUGACGGCGGUCACCUCGAAAUGCUAACAUACUGCUCUUUUUUUCGCUCGUGACAUUAAUACUGAUGGAAUACGUCGGAUUAUAAAAUCGGAAUCGUUACCGUAUCUAAUGAAAGGUUUCAGACAAGAAAGAAGAGGGCAACUAGCUAGCUAAUUCGCUAGCUGACAACAAUUUCUGCAGUUCUGCCGAUUCAACUGGACUCUUGGUCUUAUAUUGUCAUUGGUAACAGGGGGAUUUAUUGCUUGUUUUUGCAGAAAUAUCGCCUUUCAUUUACAAGUUUGUAGCUAUAGCUACAUACUUUUAUCAUCUGAACUAUACCUAGCUUAGCUACCUAGCGUCGGUAACUGUAACUAUCGAUAGCAAGCUAGCGGACAGAGGAUUUUGGGGGGUUUGACUCCAUCGAGAGGGAGGUAGCUAAUAUAACUCGGCCAUGUUGAAGCCACAACAGUCGGGCUCUAGCGGGCGAAAAACCUCGAAUGGGAUUUUGGGCCAGGGCAACAUGUCUUCCACGGCUUCUGGGAUCAACAGCCGAACAGUCAGUGGAAGGAGCCGUAACUCGGUGAAGCCCACUCCCCAGUCCUCUGUAGUAUUCGAAGGUGUGUACAACAAUGCCCGGAUGCUGCACUAUCUGACAGCCGUUGUGGGCUCAACUUGUGACGUCAGAGUUAAGAACGGCAGCGUAUACGAGGGCAUCUUCAAGACCCUCAGUUCACGGUGCGAGCUGGCAGUGGAUGCAGUGCACCGGCGAUGCGAAGCAUCAGGAGGCUCCUCUGCCCCUCCCAGGAGAGAGGAGAUCACAGAUACCAUGAUCUUCAGCCCCUCCGACAUGGUCACCAUGAUCUGCAGGGAUGUGGACCUCAGCUAUGCCACUCGAGACAGUUUCACAGACACUGCCAUUAGUGCAUCCCGGGUCAAUGGAGAACAUAAGGAGAAGGUGCUCCAGAGGUGGGAAGGUGGAGACAGCAAUGGAGAAAACUAUGAUCUGGAGACUGACGCAUCAAAUGGGUGGGAUGCCAAUGAGAUGUUCAGGUUCAAUGAAGAGAACUAUGGCAUCAAGUCUACAUACGACUCCAGUCUCUCUCUAUAUACUGUCCCCUUGGAGAGGGGCACUUCAGAAGGCUUCCGCCAGCGUGAGGCGCGGGCAGCCCGCCUGGCCAGCGAGAUCGAGUCCAGCCCUCAGUACCGGCACCGCGUCGCCCUGGAGAAUGAGGACGGCAAGACUGAUGAGGACCGGUUCAGCGCCGUCAUCAGGGAGCGAGACGGAGGAGAGAGGGAGCGGGGGAGGGAGAGCCCCCGGGAAAGGGACCGGGGCAGGGACAGCCCCAGCUGUGGUAACAGGGAAGGGAAGUACAUUCCUCUGCCGCAGCGAGCCAGAGAGAUCGGCGCCUCAAGCAGCGGCAUUAGAGGCGAGCGAGGAGAGAGGGGCGAGAGAGGGGGUGGGGGGGCAACUACACCGUCCCUCCCCAAUCGCAUGGGAGGCUACCACUCCAGCAGGCCGGCGCCUUCCAGCUCCUCCCCUAGGCCUCCUCUGCCUGCCUCCAGCGGCCAGUCGGCAUCGUCCUCUGAACGGAGCAGCCCCCUCUCCAGCAGGGGGGGGUACUCUCCGCAUCACCCCCAGGGCAGCCCCGGUUCUGGCACUGCAUUCACUUCCCCUGCUUCCCUGGGCAGUGGGGGCGGUUUUGGCCUGCCCUGCCCCAGUGAUUCCCCAGCCGCCCCUGUUGCCCCUGUGGCAGCCUCUCCCAGCAGCCCCCCUGCCCCCCAUGGCCAGUCAGGCACGCCCUCGCUGUCCCACCCUCACUCACUCAGUGACACCACCAGGCCCGUUAAUGGAGUAUCAUCCAGAACAUCUCCUAAGUCUCAGAGGCCUGUACAGACCAGCAGGCCCCUUCGAACUGCCGCCACCCACUCCAACCCUGCUGUCUCCCGUUCACCAAAAUCAGGGGGUUCUUCCCAGGACGCAUCUCUUGCUGCUUCUCAGUACCAAGACACUGUGCCGGUCUCCAUGGCAACGAAAAAGCCACCCGGUCCAGCUCCUCUGUUCCCUGUCGAUGUGAAUGAGAUCCUCAGCUCCACGGGAAAAGACAGAGCAGUGGAGAAUCUGGUCAGCCCACAGGAUGUGAAGACCCCUAAAGUUACUUCCGUUCAGCAGCGGUCACAAAUUGAGGAACUCCGGAAGUUUGGCAAGGAGUUCAGACUUCAGCCCAGUGGAGGCAACACCAGUACCUCUGUGGCAGCGUCUGCCGAAUCUCCUCAGUCUAGCCCUUCCCAGACUUCUCCAGCAGAACCUGUCCCAGCACCCGGACCCAAGCUUAACGUGACCCAAGAUGUCCCUCAGCCAGCAACACCCACCUCACCCUCUGAGGAGCGGGUGAAGGAAAAGGAGCCAGAGGGCACAGCUGGUGCUAGUGCGGUACCCACCAUCCCAGCUGUGGCCUCAGACAGGCAGUCUCCAGGGGCACCCCAGUCAACCAGGACCCCAGGAAGUGAAGAAGCCAAACUGGAAACGACAGAGAGAGUGGAGGGUGUGACUGACCAAGUGAAGAAAUCUACUCUGAACCCCAAUGCGAAGGAGUUCAACCCCAACAAGCCUACUAUGACUCUGCCGAAGCCUACCUCAGCCCCCACCCCGCCACGGCCCACGCCCCCCAGCCCCUCGGUGGUUUUGCAGCCUCCACCAGGACAAGGAUCUAUUUACAACUCCACCUAUGUUUCCUACAUGCCCCAGAUACAUCCACCCACCCCAUUGUACCCGUACACCAUGUCUGCUGUCAACCCAGGGAAAUAUUCCAGGGCAAAGGGCUCAGUAGUGGCCCCACGUUCAGACCACAGCUCCUCUGCCCCCCCCAUGCUGCAGGCAGCCGCAUCAGCGGCUGGCCCCCCCCUCGUGGCCUCUCCAUACCCUCAGUCCUACCUGCAGUAUAGCCCCCAGCAGUACAGCCAGCAGGUCAUUCAGUCCGUGAGCCCUUACACUGGGCAGGUAAUGCGCCAGCACGUCUCUGUGGCCGUGUCGUCCCAAGCCCUGCUCUGCACUGAUGUCCUCUCUGCCUCCCAGCCAAUGUACCCGGUUCUGCCAGCUGGAGCUCGCAUGCUGGGCUCUGGUGGGGGACACCCCCAAGCCCUGGGACCGCCCGGUGGCCCGCAGUUUCCCGGCCAGGGAGAGGGGCCUCCGGGGCCACAGCAGGGGAUAUACGCUCCUCAGACCUUCUCCCAUCACUCAGGCUCCAUGCACCCCCCGCAACCCUCCAGCACGCCCACGGGCAGCCAGCCGCCCCCCCAGCACACUGCUCCCAGCCCUGGCCAGUCUGCCCAGUCAGGCCCUCAGACCCAGUCUCUGUACCACUCUGGCCAGCUGUCUGCCACGACCCCUCCAAACAUGCCUCCCGGACACACGUCCCCUCAGGGUUCCUACCCACUGCAGGGGUACAGUUUGCAUGGACACCAGCACAUUCCACAUGCCUACCCCCCUAUCGGCCAGCUGGCCCAGGCUCACGUGCCAGGUGCUCUUUCCGGCCCCCACCACACGGGGACCCACGCCCACCCUCCCAUGAUGCUGCUGCAUGCCCCGCCCCCUCAGCAGGGCCCCACCUCAGGCCCCCAGCAUGGGCCCCCUCCUCAACAGAGCACUCAUCAGCAUUACACCUAUACGAUUUCCCAUCCACAAGUGCAAGUCCAGGCACACCCACCCCAGCAGCUGCCCUUUCAUCCCCCUGGAAACUGAGCGGAGAGGCCCCCAGUGGUGCUGAAGGAAGGGGAUGCUUACACCUCUCCUGCUCUCCUCUAAUUCCUGUCUCUUUGGUGUCUCCUCUUCGGUCUCUGAGAGUGACACUUUCCUCUCUGGUGUUAUCCUGAACUCCCCUGAACCUUCCACAUCCUCCUUUUUCCCUCUUUUUACAAGUUCUUUUAGCUGAAAGAAGAAUAAAAAGGCUACGUUGAGUGAGAUUUUAGCAGAACAAAAGACUGAAUCGUAUCUACUCCUUUUAAACUGUCCGGAAGGAGAUCUGGCACAUGACAGAUAUUUACAUGCUCUCCUCUCGUUGAGAGGGAACGGAAGAGAAUCUCUUACUAGAGAAAAAAAAAGUUGUUCUGACCAGAAGCAAAGAGGGAGGGAGGUGGAGAGAAAAGGGAAGAAUACCACAGGGGACUAAACAAAAUUUUCUCUUUCACUUUUCAUCCCCUGCUUCCUCUCUCCUAAUGUAGGUGAAUAUAUGAAUAAUAAAAUUAUGGGAUGGGGGGGAACACACAAAAAAAAAUUAAAAUCCACCAAAAAAAUAAAAGUUUUAAACUAA